AUAUGCCGUCUAAAGCACCUGUCAAGUCUAAAGCUAGAGGGGCAGUGUAUGCGAGAGCUUCAUCCAUCUAUUGGAGAGAUGGCGUGCUUGACAUGCUUGUCUUUAGUGCAGUGUUAUCGGCUUAGAAAGCUUCCAGACUCCAUUGGGAAAUUGAGAUUGUUGCUCGAAUUGAAUUUGUUUAACACAAGAAUCCGAGAGUUACCUGAUUCUAUCACAGUUUUCAAAAGGUUGGAGAAAAUGUACUUGGGAUACACUCGGAUAAGAGAGCUACCAAACUCCAUUGGAGGACUAGAAUCAUUGCUCGACUUUGACUUGCAAUGUACCGAGAUUACAACACUGCCUGCUUCUAUUGGAUAUCUUAAGAGACUGCAGCGCUUAAAUAUGUAUUGCAGUAAGAUAAGAGAGUUACCGAAUUCUAUUGGAGAUCUCAACAGGUUGGAGAAAAUGGACCUGGGACACACUCAAAUAAGGGAACUACCAAAUUCCAUUGGAGGACUUAUGUCAUUAAUCGACUUCGACUUGCGAUAUACAAAGAUUACAAGUCUGCCUGCUUCUAUUGGAUAUCUUAAAAGGCUGAAGCACUUAAAUAUGUACAAGAGUAAGAUAAGGGAGCUGCCGAAUCCCAUAGGAAUGUUGGAGAAUCUUGAAUCGUUGGCAUACCCCGGUUGUAGAAAUACAGAUAUCACAUGGCCUCCACAGCUUUCGGAACUUUCUAUAUUUGGUGAUGAUCCUCGAUCUCUCACAUGGCCUCCUCAACUUUCGAGACUCUCCGUAUUUUGUGAUGAUCCUCAAUCUCUCCCAAGUCUUCCUUUAGGUCUUCGUAGUUUCGCAUUACACGGUGUCAAGUUACCGAUAGAGCAACUACUCCUCUCCGAAUUGAGACAUUUGCCUGAAUUAACACUCAUUGGAUGGGGAUUGAGAGAGAUCAAGUUUGAGCAGCUAGAGAAUCUCCAUUAUUUAACGGUGGAUAGCUGUAAAUCACUGGUGAGGCUAUCGGGUCUGUCUAGCUUACGAAAGGUCGAAAAUUUAAAUAUCAUUGGUUGCUCACUGCUAAUCGAGAUUCAAGAUUUGGGAGAAAUGGAAUCAUUGGAGAAAUUACUACUUAGUGAUUGCAGUUUCAUGAAAACGUUACCUGAUCUAUCAAAACUACAUAAGUUGCAAAGUUUGUCCAUACGCAACUGUAAAUCACUGCAAGGUUUGCCUGAUUUGCCGCACUCGCUGGAGGCAUUACUCAUUAUCAAUGGGAGCUCUAUAAAAAGGUUACCUGAUUUAUCAAAACUACAUAAAUUGAAGUAUUUGUAUGUAAGUCACUGCAAAUCACUGCAAGGUUUGCCCGAUUUACCAAACUCCAUAAUUGAUCUCCAGCAUCAUGCAUGCCCAUUGUUAGGCGUGCCUCGUGACUUUUUCGAAUUUUGCCGGUGGUGUCGGAAGUCCAACCCGGGCCAAUCUUCAAGGAGGCGAACAAUGUGGGGGUGA